UAUCCUCCACUCAUCUUCUGUGUCCACUCAUUCAUCAGUUUUGAUAUGAUAACUUUCUUCCUCUUCCUAUCCAGCCCUUUGGUUUUUGCUCAAUUGGACCUCUGUGAACCCUCAGUCAAUCCUAGUCCAUCAUGCCUUUGCACUCGUUUGGAUUUUAUGGACACCUAUUCAUAUCGUCUACGAUUUGGAAAUUCUUCAUUUGCUGGUAACAGCUAUCGAGUGUCUGCUCCAACUUUUAAUGCCAAUUAUGAUUGUGUAUCUGAGCAACCAUUGCAAUGUGCACCAGCUUCUGGUGAUAGUAAAUCGUCUGCAUUUGCUGUUUUUGACAUGAAAUACAUUGUGGAAAUUCCAAACAGAAUCCCGUCAGUGAAAUGUUUCACUAGAAAUCGAUUAUUUGAUAUGGAGAGCGCUAUCGUGGAGCAAUACAGAAAAGAUGGAAAGUUGCCACUUGAGAAAACAGCUCUUCAUUUGACUGAAGUUGGAUGUAUUGAGUAUGGUGGAUCAACUAUUAUUGGAGAAGAUACGACAACCAAGAAAUCAGGAGGAAUCACUCUACCACCAACUGUGCUCCCAGAAGAUUGCAACUGCUCGAAACCUCCGCAACUUAUAACGCAAACUAUCUUUGAUAAACAAUAUGCCUUUAACUUUCCACAAACAAAAUUCACAUUCGGAACCCCUAGUUUUACUUAUACUGUCGGAUGUCAACAUGUAUCUAUGAUCUGUUCAUCAUCUCAAAAGGCAAUUAUGUUCUUCAAUGAUCAAUAUAUUAUCAAUGGAAAUGACAUCCUUGAUGUGGCAGCAAAGUACAACUUGCAUUGCGAUUCUGGAGUUGCUAAAUGGAAAUUCGAUGAACCAUCGGAGCAAAAGUUCAAGGAUCUACUGGGAAUUAACUCAAUUGAGCUUUCCCAUUUGGGAUGUGCUAGUUUCAAUCCAAGAUCUUAAAUUUAAUCUUUAUUGAUUUUUGAUUGACAAAAACUUUUGAUUUUUAUAAAUGAACAGUUGAAA